GUGGGAACCAUCUGAUAGCAGGUAGACUUUGCCCUGAAGGGAACUAACCCUACAGAAAGAGCAGCAGGGCAGAUUCCUGGCCGUCACAGCUGAGUUUUCGUGCCUCAGUUGAUGAAAAGACCUGCCAACUUUUGGUGGAAUGAACCCGACAAAUGGCAGCACUAAUGGAGGUUAUGGGUCUAAUCCCCCUCCUUACAAUCCUCAGGAAUAUGGACACAAUCCUUACACAGGGAUGAGAUAUCAGGUAGGGAAGGAGAACAUUUCAGUGAUCUCCCCUCCUGUCACCUAUGACAACAUGGUCCACCCUACAGCCAUGGCAGCAGCUAGAGGCGGCCAGCAGUACGAUCAACCUCCACCUGACUACUCCCAUGGCUUAGAGGAUAGCGGCUUCAGUGACGCUGCCGUACGAAGAGGUUUUAUAAGGAAAGUCUACUUAAUCUUGAUGAUUCAGCUGCUGGUGACUGUCGGCAUCAUCUGCACUUUUCUUUACUGGGAGACUCUCAGGGAAUGGACAUGGCACAGCUACUGGUUCUCCUAUUCCAUGAUGGGGGCGGUCUUCGUGCUCAUCAUGAUCCUGUCCUGCUGUGACAACGUCCGCCGUCAAGUCCCCCUCAAUUUCAUUGCCCUGGGCUUGUUUACAGUUGCAGAGGGCCUCAUGCUCGGGUCUGUGACAGUGUACUUUAAUGCUGAAGCCGUUCUGUGGGCUGUGGGGGCCACAGCGCUGGUGUCCUUCGCCUUGACUCUCUUUGCUAUGCAGUCAAAGUGGGACUUCACCGGGAUAAAUGGAAGCCUGUGGGUGUUUGCCUGGACCAUUCUGUCAUUCGGCUUGCUUUGUGCGAUCUUCCGAUCACAGUACCUUUCCAUCCUGUAUGCCUGCCUGGGAACCUUGCUGUUUUCUUUAUAUUUGGUGUUUGAUACCCAGCUUAUUCUUGGUGGGAAACACAGGAAGUAUCAAGUCUCUCCUGAAGAGUAUGUUUUUGCUGCUCUCAACCUCUAUCUGGACAUUGUCACCAUGUUCCUCUUCCUGCUGCAGCUCAUAGGGCUGUGCCGCUAACAGUGAGCCUCCUCUGACACACAAUCUUCAGUUUUGUUUUUUUUUUUUUUGCCUCUUUUUAACAGGGCCUUAGAUUCACUGCCCCGGCAUGUGUUUCUACAUAGAACCUAUAAUUCAUUCAAUUCACAUUUGAUUCUGUUAAUAAGGCUUUGACUUGUCGUUUUCAGCACAGAACGACAAACAGACUUGUGGUUGAGAGCAUCAAAUUGUAUCACUUGUCCUGCCUAAGAAUAGUUUUUGGCAAAUUCCAGAAACCAAACUAACUCCAUUAAAGAAGCUGUCAACUUCUGCACUCCAAAAGAAAAAAACAGGCGGUUGCUCUGUGAUUUCUUCCUCUCCCAAAGUGUUUGCUUAGAAUGUAAGCAUCUCAAUGACCAAUAAUAAACACAAAAUAAAAUCAAAACUCAACACGUAGUUUAUUGACGUCACACAUCAAACAUUUUUCAUAUAAAGAGGGAAUGUAUCAAGUAUAGACUAUGAAAGUGCAAAUAGCAUUUCAAGGAUUAGUUGCUUUACAAUAGAAAAUCUCAGUGAGUUACAAAAUGUUAUAUGCCAUUUUAAAAUAAAUCACCUGGACAUCAGAGGUGAAAUACAAAGGAAGUACAAAUCCCAUUUAGACUUAAACCCAUUUCAUGCACAUCAUACCGUUACACUGUUUAAGCCAUUUAAAAUGACCAGGCUCCGCUAACAUUAUGGCACUCACAGUUUUACAACUUCAAGACACUUUUGAAAGCAAUCACUACCUUCAGGAUUAAUGUGGCUCCACGUCUGCUAGAAACAAAAGGUAAUUUACUUCAGUCAGACAUUAGCCUGUACAAAAACAUAAUUAAGUCUUAAAGGUAAAACACUCAUCAGUGUGUUUCCUUUCAUAUUGGUUAUACACAAUCCAUUCUCUUUAAUGGAUCAUUUUUUCAAAUAAAUACCUACUUCAUAUUGCAACUUUCCUCCAUUUUAGUGUCUUCAGGUAAGAUACAUGUACAGUAGGUCAACUCAUUCCAAAGUCAAUACAGUGAUUUAGUUUCUUAAGAACAACAAAAAAAAAAAGUUUCAAACUUGUAGGGCAAGACGUCUCUCUGCACAAAACAGAGUGGACUGAAGUCGAACCUUUUUUCAAAAAUAUUUGGGAAAAGAUUUGAACGUACGACAUAAACUGUUAACCAUUAUAACAAAUCAUAUAAAAUUAGUGUUAUUUGUUAACAAUACACUACUAGAACAAACAAAAACCCUCAUGCUACACACUUUUUAUGGGGGGAGGGGGGGAGCUCAGGAGCUCAUGUUUGCAGUCUAUUAACAUGAUGAGAGAAAUAACUUUAAGGUAACAGGUGCUGUUUUUUUUGUUUAUGUUUUUUUUUUUUUACACUGUAAAUACUGUGUAUAAUUAGCACUCA